AUGGUUUCACCCAGCGUCUGCUCUGCGCAUGCAGAUGACAAAUUUGGACCUCGAGUGGACAUUGCAUGCCGACCAUUUGAUUUCACUUUGCUAUUCAACGACAUGUGCUUCAUCAUCCUUCCAGCUUCUGUUUUUCUCGUGCUGGCCCCGUUUCGACUGAGACUGUUGUGCAAAAGAUCGGUUAAAUUAAGAUCGCAUAGAUUAGCGAUAUGGAAACUGAGCUUUUUAGCUGUCCUGUUUGUGUUUCAUAUUCUAUUCGUUGCUUUCCGCUCAAAGACGCCCCUUUUGAUGACAAGGCUGUCCGCAGGAGCCGGAGUUCUUAGCGCAGCAGCAGUUCUGGCAGCCGGAAUUCUAUCGUUCCUUGAGGACCAGCGCUCGCUGAACCCAUCCAACAUUAUUUUGCUGCACUUCUCGGCAUCAUCGAUUUUAUACCUACCACUCCUACGCUCACUCUGGCUCAUAAACCAUGAGUUGAGCCCCCGAGCUCUUUGGACGUCGAUCUUCGUAUUUACUGUGGCUGUUGUGCUGAUCGAGUCGACCCGGAAAACAAAGAUUCUUCGACCUGAGUUCGAUUAUGUGACCGCAGAGCAGAUGACCGGUUUCUGGGGCCGUAGCUUCUUCAUAUGGGUUCUGCCAUUCCUUCGCUCAGGUUAUUCCAGGAUCUUACAGUUGAGCGAUAUUCCCGAUGUUGAUGAAGCCCUGCAAGAGAAACGCACAAGUCUCAGUCUUGAUAUAUCAUGGAAGCGAUUCAAUGGCCGUUUUAGGCUACUCCGUGCGGCAUUUUAUGCGUAUAUGGCGUCGUGUCUAUCCGCUAUUUUACCACGUCUCGCUCUCUCCGCUUUCAAUUUGUGCCAACCAUUCCUCAUCCAAGCAGCAGUCAUGCACCUGGACAUUAGAGCCGAUGAUAGUAACAGGGAAUCUGGACAGGCACUUGUGGGUGCCUUUAUCCUCGUCUAUACUGGCAUAGCUGUAUCACGUGCAGUGUAUUGGCGCCAGGUGUACCGCAUGAUCAGCCGAAUACGGUCCGGCCUAAUCUCCAAGCUUUACCGGCAUACCGCAUCUCUUCCGGCUGUUGUCAUUGGCGAUUCCGUAGCUCUCACCUUAAUGGGGACGGAUGUGGAACGAAUCGUACAGUCCCUGAGACUGGUCCAUGAACUGUGGGCUUCAAUCCUCGAGGUUGGUGUCGCAUCGUGGCUAUUGGGGCGGCAGGUGGGCAUAGCUGCCAUUGUGCCACUGGUUAUAUGCAUCAUUUCCGUUAUAGCGACAUCCAAGAUUAGUGCACGUUUCGGGCUGGCCCAGAGGCGGUGGUUUGAACGCGUACAGAGGAGAGUAUCUGUCACAGCCAGUAUGCUUGGUGACAUGAAAGCAAUGAAAAUGCUUGGCCUUUCUAUGGUUUACGGUGACAACAUUUCUCGAUUGCGAGAGAUUGAACUAGAAACCUCUGGAAAUUUCCGGAAGUUGCUCGUAUGGCAGAUGGUUAUAUCGAACGCUCCUGCAAUUCUUGCCCCCUUUGCGACACUGGCAGUUUAUGCUAUCAUAGCGGUGGUGCAGAAAGAUGACACGCUCCUCGCAUCGCAUGCAUUUGCUUCUAUCUCUUUGAUUGGUAUUAUCACUUAUUCAUUGAAUGUCCUUUGUACAGCAUUGCCAUCUUGUAUGCAGGGCGUUGCAUGCUUUGGUCGUAUUGAGAAAUACCUCCUGAGGAAACCCUGUCUACCUUCUGUACCAUCGGAAUCUUUGGGAGAAUCUAUAUCACUUGAGAAUCUCCCCUCAGCCACGUCGAAGGCCGUCAUCAUUACAUUUGAAGAAGCUGAUAUCUGCUGGUCAGCUGAAUCUCAUGAUGCUGUUCUCCACAAAUUGAGUCUGACUAUCCGACCCGGUCUUACUGCUAUUAUUGGAGCCGUUGCUUCAGGAAAGUCAACAUUGCUGGCGACUAUGAUUGGGGAAACGACUUUACGAAGUGGGUCCAUAACACCAAGCUUGAGCGGCAUCGCAUUUUGUUCCCAGACACCAUGGAUCAUGAAUGACACCAUAAGAAAUAAUAUCACUGGAGGCCAUGGUUUUGACCAAGAAUGGUAUGAAUUUUCCAUUUCCUGUUGCGCCUUGCGUGGGGAUAUCGACAGGAUGCCAGAGGGAGACCAGUCAAUUGCGGGAAGUAACGGCGUGGCUCUAAGUGGAGGCCAGAAACAACGGGUGUGCCUCGCCCGUGCCGUAUAUUCCAGACUCCGUGUCAUUGUCCUGGACGACGUACUGAGUGGUCUCGACACCUCUGCCAUCAGUCACAUCAUUACUCAUUUGAUCGGCAAAGAUGGACAUUUUCGUAGAUCUGGUAUAUCUGUGAUACUCGCUACUCAUAACUAUCGUAUCCUGCCGUUCAUGGACUCUGUCGUUGAACUGGAUCGCGGCAGGCUCGUAAGUUGCGGGCCGCCGAGCGGGAGUCAAGGGGAAGAAGCUCAAUUAUUUGAGAUGAAAAAGGCGGUCCCAGGGGCCACAUCCCGAACUCAUUCAUCGAGUGGACAGAUAGGGACAAACGAAGUGACGAUCCAUGCAAGCCCUCAUGGCUCUACCCGCCCUGCAAAAAUGAAAAGUCAGCAUUUUGAAUUGCAGCGCCAAACCGGCAAUUGGUCUGUCUAUAGGUAUUAUUCACAAACUGCAGGGUCAUGGGUAUUGAUUAUCUGGGCUCUAUUUACAAUUUCGGAGGCAGUGUUUGCCAACAUUUCGCCUAUUUGGGUCAACAUCUGGACGAAAUCGAAUGAAGAACAACCGAACCAGAAGACAGGCCUCUAUAUCGGAGUGUAUGCAUUAUUUGUCGCUUUGACAAGCUUUGCAGUCGCUGGAGAGUGUUGGCAAGUUUCUCCCAUCAACCGAGCUACAUCAUGUCUUGUCCAACUGGUCAUAAUUUGUGUUCUUGGGAAAUACUUCGCUGCUGCACUCCCAGUCUUAGCUCUUGCAUUGUUCCUCGUCCAACGGUAUUAUUUGCGCACUUCACGCCAGGUCCGUUUGCUGGACAUUGAAGCUAAGGCUCCAAUUUUCAAUCACUUCAUUGAAACAAUCCAGGGGGUAGCAACCAUCCGCGCCUUCCGUUGGGAUGCCAAUUUCCAGCAAAAACAUGGCAACAUGCUGGACAGGUCGCAGAGGCCAUUUUAUAUGCUCUUCAGUAUUCAGCAAUGGCUGGUUCUGGUGCUCGAUCUCAUCGUUGGCGCCAUGGCCAUUCUUAUCGUCGAGGUGGCUAUAUCUACUAUCGGUAGUUUUGAAGCUGGAGCACUUGGUGUUGUUCUUGUGCUCAUCGUAGACUUCAACCUGCUCCUGGCGCAAAGUAUUCAGGCGUGGACGAAGCUGGAGACUUCUAUUGGAGCUGUCGCGCGUGUCCAAAACUUCGUAUACGAAACUCCACGUGAGCCAACCGGGACUUCCCUCCCUCCUGCGAUCUGGCCAACAAGAGGCAUAAUCCAUUUCCAAAAUGUUGUGGCUAGUUACACAUGCAACGGCCCCCCUGCGCUGACAAACGUGAGCCUGAACAUUAAUUCAUGUGAAAAGGUUGCCAUCUGUGGAUCAUCUGGUAGUGGGAAAACCACCUUUGUUUUGGCCCUGCUACAGAUGAUAGAGGUAAGUCAAGGACUUAUUAAAGUCGACGACCUGGAUAUCGCUACUUUUGACGGCGAUGACCUUCGCUCGCGCAUCAACGUAGUGCCGCAAGACCCCUUCUUUAUCCCUGGCUCAAUCAGACACAACCUAGACCCCCGAGGUCUAUCUUCUAGUCAGUCUAUUGAGACAGCAAUUCGAAAGGUUGGCUUGUGGGUGAGAGCCAGCAGCAUAGGCGGGCUAGACGUUGAAAUGGUGGCAUCUGAAUGGUCACACGGGGAGAGGCAGUUGCUUUGUUUGGCCAGGGCACUGCUGGUUCCGAGUAAAAUCCUGAUCCUGGACGAGGCAACAAGCUGUGUCGAUGCGACAACAGAACGCAUUAUGCAAGAUAUUAUAGACGCUGAGUUCCAGCAUCAUACAAUCAUUUCUGUUCUUCACCGGUUCACAUAUAUCGAAAAGUUUCAUCGGGUUGCUGUCUUUAGCCAAGGAAACCUGGUCGAGUGCGACGCACCGCUCACUCUACUCGAGAGAGACUCAGCUUUGCGUGUGCUCUAUCGCAAUCAGCACUCCAGAGCUUCGACUUAG